AUGGAUAUUCAUGUUCUUCAAAGCCAGCCCGCCCAGGAGGUCGGGUUUAAAGAUUCUUCCACGGUUCGUGUGGGUAAUAAACUUGUUCGCAAUAAGCCACCCACCCAGCCCUCUGCUAUGCGACCCAAGCAUUUGGUCCGCGGCGGGUUCCAGCCGCGCCUUCCGACUUCGCUGCCGCCCCCAGGGCAGCAGCAGCAGCAGCCGUCGCCGCUACCACGCCGACAGCCCGUCCCGUUGAUGCCUCCCGCGCAGCUUCAUACGGGAGCGCCCCGGGUGGUCGCUCCGGCGCCUGCGGUCCCUCUUCAGUCGCCACCGCCUUCGGAGCUGAUGGACGUCGACCCCUUAGCCGGGCCGCCUUCCCAAGCGGUGGCUGUGCAGCCUGUCCUGCAGCCGCUUUCCUUGGGCACCCCCAAGGAGUCUGACACCGCAGCGCCUUGUCCGGCGCCCACUCAGCAGCCGUCGACGCAGCGUCAGGAGACGCUGCCUCUCUUCGUGGGUCCCGAAGCCCCGUCGCGUCCAGUACCAGAAGCUGCGCCCGUGGUCACAGGCGUGCACCCUGACCUCGGUUUUCAGUCGGUGUUUUCCGAGGCCCCGCGCAGCCAAUGCUGGGGUGCGGACCGGGGACUGCCACCGACAACAGUCUCCGCCCCGGAACAAACAAAAUUGGUUAGAGGAGGUGAGAUUCCACUGGUGCUGCUACGAGAGUACGCUGGGGUCUGGCAGCUGGAGGCGCUGCUGGAACGAGCACAGUGCCCGGAGCGCCGGCCACUUGUUAGGCGGAAGGCGGCCCAGGCCCCUAGGUCGCAGCAGUAA